AUGAGAGGAUUUACUGCUUCAGAUGCUCAAGAAGUCUCGCCGCUGUUGUCGGUGUUGACUGGAGUGACCUUUGAUGUUGGUUCUCCGGGUGAGGAGAUUUGUGCCUCGCUCGUCGAAGUACGCCCUGUGCUUGAUCGCCGUCUUACAGCUCCUUGUGGCGUUCCUCCAGCGAUGCCGAACUGCGUGAGAUUGGGGCUUGAUGGACAUGACAAGAUUUCGCCGAAGUUCUUGUUGACCAUUGCCCUGCAGACGGUCGACCAGAUGCUCAAGAACGAAGGUACGUUGUUCAGCCCCGAGCAGAUCCAGCUGCUGAGCAAAGAAGAGGGUCCCACCGUGUGCCUAGACCUCGAAGGUGCGGACAAGUACGAUGAUGCUAAGACGGCUGCUGAUGAGCCUGAGCGAGCCAAAAUGGCUCAAGACAUCUUCUUGCGUUGGUUUAAAGACGGCCGAGUGGGUGGUAAAUACAAAAGUAGUCGAGAAGAAAACGGAGAUGUGUUGGCCGUGUUGGAGAAACCGUGGGCGACGGUGUCUGAGUUCCGUGAGGCGCUAGUUAAGGUCUACAGCACAUAUGAGCCCUCGGGCGACUAUGUCUCGGGUGUCUGGAAGGGUAUCUGUCGCCCGGUACUUGUGCAGGGCUGGAAGGUGCCGAAGGUAGCAGUUGGGCCUGCCUUUGAAGGGAAGGUGUGCCCGCGUUGCGAACCCGGUCCGCUGGUGAGCCUCCCGACCCCGCCGAGUCGAUUGUUCGAGUCCGUGGCUCGGCGCGAGCGCACCGGCAGCUACGGUCUAGAAUCGUUUGUUCCGGACAACCACCACGUCCCGCUCAACGAGUGGGUGGUGGAAGGUUUUAACGAGGUGUUCACGAUGGACGAGGAGUGGCCGGUGUCGGAGGUGCUGACUGGCGCCUGGGGAUACAAUGUGGAUCGUAUGUCCAGGACCGUGCAGGACGAAGCCGACAAGCAAGGCGUCAUUUGCACACCGUUCCCCUGGCAAUGCACUUGGAAGCCAUCGACGCCCAGCGGGCGACGUCCGGAUGGGUUCCUCGAGCUCAGCCAGAAAGACGCAGCCGCCAUCGUCCAGGCCGAGAUGGACGAGCACAUCAAGUACUGGCGUGUGCUUAACCUCGGCGACAUGGUCAAGUCCUACCGCUUGACUCCGCAUCUCGUCUACGAACUAGAGACACAGGCCGACAAACUCGUGAAAGAAGCCAGAUUGGUUGAAGAAAUUACCGAUAAAGACGGACAUGCCGAGCGUCUUGCACCGAACGAACCCCGAGACCUAAACAAAUUCAACAAGCCCAGCAAUGACGGCUGGUACAUCGGCAGUUACGCACAAGUCUAUGUAGUGCUGGAGUUCAAAGAAGACGGCACAGCCUCCGGACUGCGCGUUGCUACGGUCCCCAUGUGUCUGAACGCCAAGUCCGCGAACGAAGCCAAACGCAAGCAGGAACUUUUCUGGAACCAAGUACGCAGAGAUGCAGGCAGCGAGGGCGCGUUCAAGUACAGCUUGGAGAAGCGCUAA